AUGGCUGAAAAUGAAAUAAAAGCACGAAAGAAAUUAGAAGAAGCUGAAAAGAAGACAAAAGGUGCAAGUGGCUUUUUAAGCAAUUUAUUUGGCGGAAGUAAGAACGAUGAGGCAGCCGAUUUAUUUGUCCAGGAUGAAGCAUCGAAGUUAGAUGAAUUGUGCUGCAUGGAGGAUGGAUGUUUUGCAUGUUUUGACGACAUCGCAUCAUAUGAAAAUCAUUAUGAGGAAUUUCAUCGUCAUAAAUGUUCAAUAUGUGGUCGUGUUUUUGUCAAUAGCUAUUGUCAUCAUCUGCAUUUGGAAGAAAGUCAUAGUGCGAUUUUUAAAUUGUUGCGGCAAAGAUUUCCUAUGAAGCCGCUAUACAAAUGUUUUGAAGAGAGUUGCCCAGAAAUAUUCGUGUUGGAUGUUGAACGAGAUAGACACGUUUUGGAAGUUCAUAAUAUCCGUGAAUCAGUAGUUGUUGAUGUAAAAAGGAAAAAAGUGAAGCGACAACAGAUUUGCAACCAGAGAGGAUUAAAUGACAUUGAAAUAGCUUAUCAAAAAGUUGGUGCCAGAGAGAAGAUUAUUAAUGGAAAAAAGAAAUUAAUUCCACGAAGUAUAAUCUUUGGAUGUGAUGAACAUGAACCAAUGUUUGAAAAUGCUGGUAAUCUUUUCAAAAUAGCGAAAUUAUGGAAAGAAGCUGGAGAUGCGUUUAUACGAUCGGCCGAAAUACAUGCCGCUAGCGGAGAUAGAAAACAUGACAUAGCAUCUGGUUACGCUGAAGCAGCAAAUUGUUAUCGCAAAAUAAAUGCUGAAUUGGCAGUGGACUGCUUAAUGAAGACAGCUGAAAUAUAUACGGAUAUGGGUCGUUUUACAAUGGCGGCAAAAAAUCAUUGUGUCAUAGCAGAGCUAUAUGAAAAAGAUAAUCCUGACUUAAAUCAGAGCAUGUUGCAUUAUCAGAAAGCAGCUGAUUAUUAUAAAGGAGAAGAAAACCGAAGUUCGGCAACGAAAUGUCUAAUCAAAGUUGCCCAGAUCGCUGCUGAAUUAGAACAGUAUCGUAAAGCGAUACAGGUUUUUGAAGAGAUUGCUAUUUGGGAGGCUGAUCAUCCGACACUUAAAUACGGGGCGAAAACUCAUUUCUUUCAGGCGUUACUGUGUUAUCUAUGCGUUGAUGUUCUGGAUGCGCAGCAUGCUUUGAAGCGGUAUGAAGAAAUUUCACCAUCAUUUUCAGAUACUCGAGAAUGUAAGCUGAUUCGGGAUUUAAUUCUAUGCUUGGAAGAACAAAAUCAGGAUCAGCUGACUGAUGCAGUAAAAGCUUAUGAUAAAAUAACACGUCUUGAUCAGUGGCAUACAACUUUGCUGGUCAAAAUUAAACGUUUAUGUGGUGGAGGCGAAGAUGAUCUUAAAUAA